GGAAGUGCCAUGUUAGAGUCGUUUCGUUAGCUGUUAGCGACUUUCUGUGGACAAGUUACUGGUUUCAAUUUCCGUGUAGAUUUACUACUAUUUGAAGUCAUGUCGGAAAGAAAGGUUUUAAACAAAUACUACCCGCCGGAUUUUGAUCCAUCUAAAAUUCCCAAACUCAAAUUACCAAAAGAUCGUCAGUAUGUUGUGCGGUUGAUGGCACCGUUCAAUAUGAGGUGUAAGACCUGCGGCGAGUACAUCUACAAAGGGAAGAAGUUCAAUGCCCGAAAGGAGACGGUCCAGAACGAGCUCUACAUGGGUCUGCCCAUCUUCCGCUUCUACAUCAAGUGCACGCGCUGCCUGGCCGAGAUCACGUUCAAGACCGAUCCGGAGAACACAGACUACGCCAUGGAGCACGGAGCCACCCGCAACUUCCAGGCGGAGAAGCUGCUCGAGGAAGAGGAGAAGAAGGUGCAGAGAGACAGGGAGGAGGAAGAGCUGAACAACCCCAUGAAGGUUCUGGAGAACCGGACCCGCGACUCCAAGCUGGAGAUGGAGGUCCUGGAGAACCUGCAGGAGCUGAAGGAGCUGAACCAGCGCCAGGCCCAGGUGGACUUCGAGGGCAUGCUCUGCCGACACAAGCACCUGGAGGAGCAGGAGAGGAGGAGGCAGGAGGAGGAGGACGAGAGGGAGACCAGGGACAUGCUGGAGAGAGCUCUGGUGAAGAGGCUGAGGGACUCGGACUCAGACUCUGAUCAGGAGAGAGAGGACGGGAGGGAGGGAAACGCGCAGAAGUGCACCUCAGAAAAGCCCACAGACAUCCUGACCACGGACAGACCCACGGACGCCAAGGCCAGUGGGCCCCCACCUCCAGGGGGGGUGAAGCGAGCCCGGGUGGAGACCUGGGAGAGGAGCGUAGGAGGACUGGGCGGGGGAGCCCUGGGAUCCCUGGUGGUGAGGAAAAAACCAGGAAUCUCGGCCCCAAAACCUGAACUGGCAGCUCCGCCUCCAGCCCGGCCUGUCCAAUCAGAGGUCAGUGUUCCAAAGGCCACGUCGUCCAGUGUCACAGCACAGGCUUCCAGCAGCCAGCCAAUCGCGGCGCAGAACGGCUCAUCGCUGAGCUUGCUGGGAGCCUACUCUGACAGCGAUGACAGUGAAUGAGAGAAGGAGGGAAACGUUCUCGCGUGUUUUCGUGUGCAGCCAAAGCUGUGUUCAUCUCUCUACAUGGUUUCUUUUUCCCCUGACCUGGGCCCAGUCUCUCUCUCUCUCUCGCUCUCUCUCUCUCUCUCUCUCUCGCUCGCUCGCUCUCACUAGAUUUCUAGACCAGGGACGAGCGUGAGCGAGUCAGCGUCUCAUCGGGACGUGUCCCAGAUAUUUAAGGGGGAACGUCACCCUGUAUUCGGUUUUGGUGAUGGAGGUCAUCACGGUGGAAGAACUGAUGUUUUUGAUGUAGGUUACACCAAUUACUGUGAGUAACUCUAAACUGAGCAAAUUAGGAUUAUUAGUUCCCCCUUUAACAAGGCUUUCUUUGCGGAAGAAAGCGAGAGAUUUGUGAGUGGUGUGCACAGUGGAUGCGCGUUUGUAAAACUUUACUGUAAUCCCUUUUGAAAAUAAAAAAAUAAUAAGAGGUGAUAAAGAAUGAAUGAAACAUUCCCUCUAAGGAAUUGUAAAAAAA